AUGGCUCCGCCCACUCCACCACCGACGCGUCCACUCUGGACCGCGACCGAGGCGCGCGCCGCCACCGGCGCCGAUCUAUCUUCUUUCUCUACCUCUACUCUCCACCAAAAUACCCAACAAAAUUCACAGCCCCCACAACUUACCCUAGCCGACACGAUUGCCGAUGUCUCUCGGUUCGUCCCGAUCGUUCUCGAUCUCUCCAAGCAUAACUUUUACCAUUGGCGCCACCUCUUCCAUGUUCAUCUCGAUCGCUGCGGCCUCUGCGAUCACAUCAACCUCGCCUCGACACCACGGCCCGCCGAUCCACGCUGGGUCAAGGACGACCUCACCAUCAUUCAAUGGAUCUACACCAGGAUCUCCACCGAGCUCUUCAACCUGGUCUCUACCGACGACGCCACGGCUACCCAACUAUGGGCCGCCCUUCAGCAUCUCUUUCAGGACAACUCCGACUCGCGCGUCAACGCUCUUCACAUCGAGCUCCGCACCAGCACUCAAGGCGACUCCCCCAUCACCGUCUUCUGCCAACGCAUCAAGGCCAUCGGUGAUGAACUUUGGGAACUCGGUGAUCACGUCGAUGACCGCACCCUCAUCAACGCCCUUCUCGUCGGUCUCGGCGGUCAAUUUGAGAAGCAAGUCGCCUUCAUCCCGCUGCUGAAACCUUACGCAACAUUCGCCGAAGUGCGAUCUAUUUUGCAACUCGAAGCUCAGAAUCAAGCUCACAAGGUUGCGCGUCCUCCGCAGGUUGCUCACACGGCACUGCGCCCGCCCCUCCAGCGCACCCCUGCUACACCACCGACGGCCCCUCCUGGAUGGCGUCCGAGCCCCAACUACCGCGGCAAAAAUCCCGUAUAUCGGCCUCCCGCUCCAGUGCCGACUCCUCCGCCGCGGCCACCUGCUGCUACACCAGCUCCGCCCGCGCCGACACCACCAGCGCUGCCACCGCCCUCCGCCAUGGCCCUUCGGCCGCCGCAGCAUGACCCAUGGACGGGUCUCGUUCAGGCCUGGCCGAUGCCCUGGUCGGCCCGCUCUCCGUACGGUGCCCCAACGGCUUACACCGGGCACUGGAAUCCCGGCCUCCGCCCCUCCAUCGGCGCACCCGGGCCUCUUGCACCUCAUCCUCCACAGCAGGUCUACAACGCCCAGGCUUCACCAACUUACAUGUUGUCGCCACAGCAAUACAUGGCUCCGCCGACGUCGCUGCCCCACAUGUACCACUCUCCUCCGACUCUUUAG